AUGGAUGACGCUCAGACAUCUAGCGCCGUUGUUACCGACGCUAGUGAAGAACCUGGGUCUUCAAGGCAGGAACAAUCAAUUAUAAUCCAGGAGAACGAACCAAUGGAAUCUGCUCAUACAGGAACAACUGUUAGUAAUUGUGACGCUACAAUGAGUUCCUCUCAGCAGAAAGAUAAAAAAGAUUCUUUACCAACACAAGAGGAAAAAGAAUUGAGUAUGCCGUGCAUACAUGAAGUUACAGCAGAUAAACCAGCCCUUGUUAUGGACAACGAUGAAGAAGUCCAGCCUAUCAGUAAUGUGGAACAUCAAGUACUAUCUAAUCAAGCCAUCUCACAAUUUACUGAACAGCCAGAACCCAUCCAGGAACCACAAAUUUCCGCGGAUGCAUCGACACAGAUGACUGGCAGUAGACUAGAAUCCCACAUGGAUUACGACUUACUGAAUUCACUAAACAUUUCUGCUCAACUAUAUAGUCAAAUGAACAAGGCACGGCGUUUAAUACCGACUCAAAGAAUGGUUGAGAGAAUAAUGAGCCCAAUGAACUCAUCGAAUUCGUUUAAUCAAAAUGGAUCUUUAUCGACGCGCUCAGUGCCAACUGAACAACAACAUCACAUGUCUUAUCAUAAUGAAUACCUACCGACUAAUGGAAGAGACUCACUUAUAAAAUCUUCCGAGACCAACAAUUACGAACAACGAGCUAAUUCGCGAACAAUCAGAAUGAGUACUUCAUCUAUCGGACAGAAUUCUAUUAUUUCUUCCACUUCGUUGUAUCAGACCUCCGAGAUACCACAACAGAGACAGACAGAGAGACAGUUGCCAUCUCAGCAAGACUCUCAAAGGCAACCACAGCGACUGAAAAGACGCAUUAACAUCUCGAUAAAGCCAAAAAGCAACCGUCAAACACCUUAUCCUCAAAACGAACAGCAAUUUCAGGAAAAUCAUGGUGAUCGUGAACUUGUUAAUAAAAAUCAUCUACGCCAAAUUGACAAUACGUCGCGGACAGAUGAGGUGAUGGAAGAAAAAACUUCAUCAGGUAACCCGGGUGCAAAUUCAGAUUCCGAUGCUGCUACCGAUGAUGAAGUUAACUCACAUCAUGAGAUGCCUUCAGAUGAAGCACGUAUUGAAAGAACGAAUAACUUUUACGGCCCUGGAAUCCCUUCUGGAAGUAGCUCUGCAGUCAGAUCGAUAGCUUCACGAAACUCUCCGAACAACCAGAGGCAUUCUAAACUUGUAUGCGAGCAGCAAGUGUUGGACAAUUUCGCAACCCUCUUCACUCAAAUGAUGUCUACUUUCCGACUCAUAGAAAUCACGCCUCAAAGUGGUGUUUACGUCAGCUACGGAGACCUCAAAUACUGUCAGCACGUAUCAAAAGAUUGCAAAUCAUUAGCACGACGAUUAUUACAAGUCAUAUUCAACAGGAACGCGUUGAGUGUUUGUUUAUCAAUGUCUGAAUUAGCGCAGGCUUCUGAUAAUGUUCGGUCUAAUACAAGGCCUCAAUUAGAUGACCAUGCGGUUACGGUACUGUUGAUUUUCGUUAUAGAGCAUGGAUUGCAACACGGUUGGAACACUGACCUACAACCUAUCCUCAAUACUUUACACAGUAAAAUUAAAGAGAUUCGGUUCAAAUAUGGUGUGAUGGUUGAAUGUUAG